AUGGCCAUCCGAGACGCCGACACCACAACCGAAAAGUCCGGCUCCGGCCUGGUCCUUCGCUCAACAACCCCCUCCGAAACAACCCUCACACCGGCCCCCGCCGACCCGGAACCCCAAGCAACCCCCGCAGCCGGCGCCGAACCCAUCACAACAUCCACCCCGGGCCCGGUCCCCGACGGCGGCCUCGAAGCCUGGAUCCAAGUCCUCGGCUCCUGGGUCAUCCUCGCCGACACCUGGGGCCUCGUAAACACCUUUGGCGUCUACCAGACCUACUACGAACGCACCCUCCCCGGCGUCACCCCCUCCGCCAUCUCCUGGAUCGGAUCCCUCCAGGGCGCCCUCCUCAUGAUGGUCGGCCCCAUCUCCGGCCCCCUCUACGACGCAGGCUACUUCCGCGAGCUCCUCUGGGCCGGCAUAUCCCUCAUCAUCCUCGGCAUGUUCAUGACCUCCCUCUGCACAACCUACUGGCAGGUCCUCCUCGCGCAGGGGGUCUGCAUCGGCCUAGGCUGCGGCCUCGUCUUCCUCCCCUCCACCGCGAUCCUAAGCCAAUACUUCCACCGCCGCCGCGCCCUCGUCAUCGGCUUCGCGGCCACGGGGUCCCCGAUCGCGGGCAUGUGCUUCCCCAUCCUCUUCGGCCACCUCGAGCCCCGCAUCGGCUUCGGCUGGGCCACGCGCAUCAUGGCCUUCAUCCUGCUGGGGUUGUCCGUCAUACCCGCCGUGAGCAUGCAUACCCGCCUCCCGCCGUCGGGCCACAAGCGCUCCCUCGUCGACCGCACCGCGCUGCGCGACCCGGCGUUCAUGCUCGUCAUGGCGGGGUCGUUUGUCGGGUUCCUGGCCAUGUAUGUGCCGUAUUUCUAUAUCCAGCUCUUUGCCGUCAGUCACGAGAUUGGUCCGGCCAACUUUUCGUCGUACUUUGUCACGCUGCUGAGCGCGGGGAGUAUCCCCGGCCGCGUGAUUCCGAAUUACCUCGCGGAUAAAGUCGGCGCGCUGUACAUGCAAAUCUCUGUUGCCGCGGGCUCGGCGGUGCUCAUGUUUGCGUGGCUCGGGAUCCGUAACAUGGCGGGUCUCGUCGUCUUUGCGAUUUUGUAUGGGUUGUUCUCGGGAGGCAUGGUGAGUAUUUCGCCGACGGUGAUUGUGAGCUUGUCGCCUGAUCUCGGGCGCGUGGGUACGCGGAUGGGCAUGAUUAAUUUCGUGGCGGGUAUUGCCAUCUUGAUUGGUACACCGAUUGCUGGUGCCAUUUUGCGUGAUUAUAGUGGUGUUGCAUGGCAGUCCAUGAUCGGGUACGGAGCGGCGGCGUUGACGGUUGGGUCGAUGGUGCUUACUCUGGCAAAGAUCUUUCAGUUGAAGGGGGAGAGGGAUGUGAAGGGUUGA